GAAACUCAAAAAUAACCAACUUCCGUUCUUAGGCCGCCGCCGAAUUUCGAUUUAAUAUUCUUAAUACAACAGAUUAUGCAACGUGUUGGACGAUCGUUUGCUACUAAACAGCUCCUUCGAAAGUUUGAUAAUUUGAACGCUAGGGUAAUAAAUAUCAAAGCUCAAGACUUUGAGAAAACUGCAAUCCCUAUCUUACAAUGCAAUUAUUCAAAUGGCGCUCAUAAAGAUGUUACACAAGCUAAUAAACUCGUAAGAUAUGGUAAAUGGGGUGACAGAGAUCCAUACAAAGACAUUAAUGGCUUUACACUACCAAAAUUCGUAUCCCAAGGCUUUCUUCAAACUCCAACCUACAUUAGAAACUACAAACGUUAUGCUUCAUCAGACCGUCCACUACCUCCACCACCACCACCACCACCUACUAAGGAAUCUGUAACUCCAUACUUGAUUAUUGGAGCCGCUGGAGCUGCUGGACUAGGAUAUUAUCUAUGGAAAAAUUGGACAGAAUUUUUAGCUCUCCUUGGUAUUUGUCCAGAAGAUAAAACAGAUUCACCGACGUCGAGAAAAGAAAAAAGAGCAGAUGAUCCUAUCUCUAUAAAAUGCGAUAAGGAACCGGAGAGAGAAUGUGUAGUUUUAAAUACUCCAACUCCAGAUCAACCGGGUGAUGGACCGAGUGCUAAGAGAUUACCACCACCUAAAUAUCCAGAUUGGAAAAAUUGUCCGGCUAUACCAGGAUAUGCAUCAUAUUUAAUUAUUGGUGCAGGUACAGCAGCAAAUGCGGCUUACAGAGCUAUUCGAACUAACAAUCCGAAGGCAAAAGUCCUCAUCAUCAGUGAAGAAUGCAAUUUGCCAUACAUGAGACCGCCAUUGUCCAAGGAAUUAUGGUUUAAUGACAGUCGUAAGCUUACUGAAGAUCUAAAGUUCAAACAAUGGAACGGAAAAGAACGAAGCAUAUUCUAUGAAAAAGACUGUUUCUACACUAGCCCAAAGGAACUUCCUUAUAAAUCAUGCGGAGGUGUUGCUGUUGCUCUUGGUCGUAAAGUUCAAAAAAUUGACGUCGAAAACAAAGUUGUUUCCUUAGAUAAUAAAUGGCAGAUAAAUUACGAUAAACUUUUGAUUGCUACUGGUGGUAAACCUCGUCAACAUCCCAUAAUUGAUAAUUCAGAUGAAGAAGUAAAGAAGAGGACAACUGUUUACAGGAAAAUUGUUGAUUUUCAAAAACUUGAUUGCGUAACGAGCAAAGGAAAGUCCGUUGCAGUAAUAGGAGGGGGUUUUCUUGGCUCGGAAUUGGCUGUUGCUCUAGGAAACAAAGCGAAAAAAAGUAAUGCUAAAAUUUACCAAAUAUUCCCGGAGAAAGGUAACAUGGGAAAAGUUUUACCUCAAUAUCUAUCUAAUUGGACAACGGAGAAAGUUCGCAAUGAAAACGUAAAUAUCAUCCCUGAAUCAACUCUCACAAAGGCCACAAUGUGCAAAAAUGACAAAGUAGCAUUAACUUUAUCAAAUGGUCAAGAAAUUCAAGUUGAUCACAUUGUUGUCGCUAUCGGCUUGGAGCCAGAUGUUUCCAUUGCAGAAUGUUCAGGACUUGAAGUAGAUCCUAUUCGUGGAGGUUUCCUCGUCAAUGCAGAAAUGAAAGCUAGAGAAGAUAUCUGGGUUGCUGGAGAUGCAGCUUCGUUUUAUGAUAUUAAAUUAGGAAGACGUAGGGUUGAACACCAUGACCACGCUGUUGUCAGUGGAAGAUUAGCCGGCGAGAACAUGUCCGGUAAAUCUAAACCCUAUUGGCACCAAAGUAUGUUUUGGUCUGAUUUAGGUCCGGAAGUCGGGUAUGAGGCGAUUGGACUUGUUGACAGUAGCCUACCAACGACGGCUGUAUUUGCAAAAGCCUGUAAAUCAGAUAGUCCAAGGGCUGUUGUUGAGGAAACGAAUGAAAAUCUACGAAGUGAGACCGAAGAGUCUGUUUGCAUUGAAAAGGUUAAAGUCGAUUCGGAAACAAAACCAGCCCCCCCAAAUGGUACAGAAGACUUCGGAAAGGGGGUAAUCUUUUACACAAAGGAUAAUGUAGUUGUUGGAAUGGUCAUGUGGAAUGUAUUUAACAAAAUGAGUAUUGCCCGAAGAAUAUUAAAAGAACAAAGGAAAUAUGAUGAUUUGACUGAAGUGGCUAAACUAUUUGAUUUGCACGAAAAUAAUUAA